ACAGUUCACUUUUCAGUAAUAAUGGCGCACUUGCGAAAGGUGCAUACAUUUCUGUAAAUUAAGUUUGUGUAUUCUGGUGAAGUGAAUAACAAAGUUGUUUUAAUGCCGUACCGCAGGCGUUUUUCGACCAAGAUGACGGAUUACGACGACGAUAUCACUGUCGUCGACGUUUAUGAUCUGGCAUCUGAUAUCGGGAAGGAAUGCGAAAUAAUUAUCGAGAAAUACGGCCCUGAUGCUGUAACAGCGCUCUUGCCGAAAGUUAUUAAUGCUCUUGAACUGCUAGAAAAUUUGGCGGUGCGAAACGAAAAGGAAAAUCAGGCGUUACUCGAACUUACAGCUAAGAUUUCACAGUUAGAGAAUGAUAAAAUAGAGAAGGCUGAGUACAGACAACGCUUCGAGAAGGAAAUAGAAGCUAUCGAGGAGCAAUGGCGGACGGAGUCUGCGGAUCUAGUGACCGCCGUGGCACGCCUCCAGGACGAGAACAAACGACUGAGACGGACUAUAAACGCACCUGCAGAUGGUACGAGUGCUCCUCCGUCGCCGGCACGAGAACACGACCAGGAGGUGCUGUCUCGGCUGAGCAGCACAGCAGAGAAGCAGCGCGCCACGCUGCGUCAUCAGGAGGUCCAGCUGCAAGAGAAGCAACAGCUUAUCGAGAGUUUGACGAAUCAAGUGGACAAGUUGGCGCAAGUCAGUCGGGAUCUACGAAGGAAGCAUAAGCAGCUACAAAAUCAGAUGCGCUUAGUGUGCGAGGAGCGUACCGAACUGACCGCCAUAGUUCAAUCCCAGCAGAGGGAUAUCGCCGUGCUGCAACAAACUGAUGCACAGAAAACGCAUAAGUGCACGUCUUGCGGUGCGGGUUUCCCCGAGGGUGGGGAGGAUGGCGACCAGUCUUCGCGGCCGACGUUCAGCGUCCGCGAACUCCGCGCCAUCCUUCACGAACGGAAUGAGCUCAAACUGAAGCUGAACCGGCUCGAAGAGCAGCUGCAAGCGCUGCAAGUUGAACCCCAGCCGGAUAGUACAAGUUCGGACACUUCAUCAUCAGUGAGUACGACAGUGAAUGAGGAGGAGGAGGCCCCGGUGCAGGGCCCCCUCCCCGCGGAGCCGGACGACGCGCCGUGGAAACGCAACAGUGGAAUCAGGAAGUUUUUUCGCAAGCUCUUUGCUGAGUCUGAUCUCUCCGUGGGGGCAUUCCCCCGGCCGCUGUCCGCGCGCGGCAAGGCGGCCCCGGCCCCCGGCGCCGGCCCCGCCCCCGCCCCCGCCGCCACUGCGUAGGCACUCCCUCCCCCGCGCGCACCCGCACUGCCCCCGCCCCCGCCCCCGCCGCCUCUCAGAGCUACACCGCCCCGAGCUCAAUCUACGCCUCGAACUCAGCCUCAACCUCAAUAACACCGAACUGGACAACUGGCUUGGGAAAUACGACGAGGAAUUAGAUUACAGAUUCAAUCAUGAUAUACCGCUUCAGAGAUCCAUCUCGUUGGAUGGUGGAAUAGAAAUCUUCAACUACUUGAACACUCUAGGCUCGGACUGGUCGAGUGAAUCAGAUUGGUCGUUGAAUUCGAACGACAGCGACCGUAUCCUCGAACAGUACAGGAGUUUCGAAGAUGUACCAGCUUCUCAGUACAAAAUGAUAAGCAGGCGAGCAUCUUUGGCGAUGGGGAAUGAAGGAAGGAAUUUGGCGUUGCACGUGUUGAAGAGUUACAAGGGUGUGGAGAUGGAUAAGGGUGGGAUAUCUCCGCAAGUGAAGAAAUUACAAAAGACCUUUUCAUUUAAGAGCUUUUUUGACGAAGUUAAGGAAACGGAGAAGUUUAUUGAUGGAGUUGAUAUGUUGGAAAUGAGAGGACCGUUAGUUAGGAGUGUGUCGUACGAGUCGAGGACCUCUAAGUCUGAUAGAAAUGGAUCGAUUAAUCUACGUCAGAGAAGAAUUGGAACCGUACAUAAUGUGUGGUACGAGGAGGCUCAAAAGAGCAAAACCUUACGAAAGAGAGUAUUAAUGAAGAGAUGCACAUCCCACAUUCAAUUCAAAAGUUCGGAACUAGACAAAAGUAUCGACGAUGUUCGUUCUGAGUCGGUAGAGAAUGUAGCUAACUUAAAACCUGUACCUUUCAUUCGUUUUAAAGAUAGAUAUAAAGAUAUUUAUAGAGCGGGCACUUUUAAUAUUCGAAAUUCAGAUGUUAACUUCUCAAUUCCAACUAUAGUUGUAACAGAUACGGACUCGCUAGUAAAAGACGAUAAUGUAAAUGUAAUAGACGAAAAUGAAGUUUUCUUGAACACUUCUGAUGUAGAGGACAGUUGUGAUUGUAGAAUUUGUAGAGAGGACAAUGAAGACUAUAGUAAAUCAUUUAUAAAUAGGAAACUGAAUAAGCUUUUUAUGAAGAUUGUUUCAUUGAUAGAAUUUGGUAAGAAAUUGACUUUUUGGGAUAAUAUUAACGAGGGUGAAAUGUAUACUUGUAUGAUGCAUGUGUUGAAAUUAAUGUUCGGUUUGUGGUUAAGGCAUUAUGAUCAUAAUACUCAGGUAUUAAGUACAUGAGAUGGGUAUUGUGUAAAGAUU